GAGCUUCAGCGUCACUCUGAAGAAAUGAAACUUAAAGUUUGUGAGGGUGUCAGCCACGCAGCCGUCCAGAAAGGUCUCCGUUUCUCUUCAAAGAAAUUAAACUAACUUCAUCCAAUCUUUGUCAACGACACAGCAGAGUCUCUGCAAACACAGAUAUGGCUGCUGCAAACUAUCAUCGGUCUGAGGAUCAGUUUCUCUGCUCCAUCUGUCUGGAUGUGUUCAAUGAUCCUGUUAGCACAUCAUGUGGACACAACUUCUGCAAAAACUGCAUCACUGAACACUGGAACACCAGCGACCAGUACAAGUGUCCAAUGUGUAAGAAGGUUUUUAACACAAGACCUGAGCUGCACGUCAACACUUUGCUCUCUGGGAUGGUUGGUCAGUUCAGAGACAAAGCUCAGCAGGAAGCCAGCAGCAGCAGCUCAGAGCUACAAGAGUCCAAACCAGGAGAAGUUCUCUGUGACGUCUGCACUGGAACCAAACAGAAGGCCCUGAAGUCCUGCUUAGACUGUCUGGUCUCCUACUGUGAGACUCACCUGGAGCCUCAUCUGACAGCUUCACGUCUGAAAAGACACCAGCUGAUCGACCCUGUGGAGAACCUGGAGGACAGGAUGUGUACGAAGCACGAUAAACCUCUGGAGCUGUUCUGUAAGACCGAUCAGACCUGUGUCUGCAUGCUCUGCUCUGUUUUAGACCACCAGACACACAAGUUUGUUCCUCUGAAAGAAGAAUAUGAAGAAAAGAAGGCAGAGCUGGAGGAGACAGAGACUGAAAUUCAGCAGAUGAUCCAGAAAAGACAACUGAAGAUUCAAGAGAUCAAACACUCAGUGGACCUCAGUAAGGACGAUGCAGACAGAGAGAUGGCAGAAGGUGUUCGAGUCUUCACCGCUCUGAAGGAGUCUGUUGAGAGAGGUCAGGCCGAGUUCAUCGACACGAUCGAAAAGAAGCUGAAAACAACAGAGAAACAGGCCGAAGCUUUCAUCAAAGAGCUGGAGCAGGAAAUCUGUGAGCUGAUGAAGAGGAGCACUGAGGUGCAGCAGCUCUCACGCUCUGAAGACCACCUCCAUCUAAUCCAGAGAGUCCAGUCUGUUAACUUUGCUCCACCCACCAAAGACUGGACAGAGGUUAAUGUCUGUCAACCACUUUAUGAGGAGACUGUGAGGAAAGCUGUGGCUCAGCUGGAGGAGACUCUCAGUGAAGAGAUGAAGAAGCUGUUGGUUCCAGCUGAGCUGAAGAGAGUCCAGCAGUAUGCUGUGGAUGUAACUCUUGAUCCUGAUACAGCACAUCCUAAUCUCAUCCUGUCUGAAGAUGGGAAACAAGUUCAUCUUGGUGAUGUGAGGAAGAAUCUACCAGACAACCCAGAGAGAUUCUCUCUUUGUGCUUGUGUUUUAGGAAAGCAGAGUUUCUCUUCAGGCAGAUUUUACUUUGAGGUUCAGGUUAAAGGAAAGACUGAGUGGGAUUUAGGAGUGGUCAGAGAGUCCAUCAACAGGAAGGGACCAAUCACACUGAGUCCUCAAAAAGGUUUCUGGACUAUAUGUUUGAGAAAUGGAAAUGAAUAUAAAGCCCUUGAUGACCCUCCAGUCCGUCUCUCUCUGAAGUGUCGGCCUGAGAAGGUGGGGGUGUUUGUGGAUUAUGAGGAGGGUCUGGUCUCCUUUUAUGACGUGGACUCUGCAGCUCUGAUGUACUGCUAUACAGACUGCUCCUUCACUGAGAAACUCUUCCCUUACUUUAGUCCCUAUCUUAAUAAAGGAGGUAAAAACUCUGCACCUCUGAUCUUAACUCCUGUCAGUGUGAAAUAAUCAGACUUCAUGUAUUGAUUCUCAUCCGAGUACAAACCAUCCCAUUUACUGACAACACGGUAUAUUUGACAUCUUUGACAGAAUCAGAUCAUCGUGUUCGUUGAUUGACUUUAUAGUUCAGAGGUUUGUCCUCGUAAACACAGCAGGUAACAAACUGAUUUAAACUUCAGAUCGAGAGGAAAAAAUUGCAGAAGACAACAAUUCAAUAAGUUUAUAUUUGUCUGAAAUGUCUUUGGUGUCUCUUUGACCGAGUUCUGCUGUACGUAUGAUAGUGUUGAUAAAAAGUCAAAGACAUCUGUAAAUAUGUGAUUGGUUUUUUUAAACUUAGUUUUUAUUUCAGAUUCUACAAUUUAUACAAUAAUACUGACAGUUCUUCAAAUUUCCUUUUUUGUUUACAGCUGUAUCUAUAUGUUUACAAGGAUAAACACAAUAAUAAUGAUUACAAAAAACAAUAAGACAGAUAUAACUUAACUCUAUCAUAAAAAAUAUAUAUUUAUAUAUAUACAUAUAAGAGGUGUUUAAAAAUCAGAUAAAUAAUAUCAAAAGGAGGUAAGAGUCAAGGAGGGGAUUCACAUGUGUGUGUGUGUGUGUGAGUGUGUGUGUGUGUGUGUGUGUGUGUGUGUGUGUGUGUGUGAGUGAGUGUGUGAGUGUGUGUGAGUGUGUGUGUGUGUGUGUGUGUGUGUGUGUGUGAGUGUGUGUGUGUGUGAGUGUGUGAGUGUGUGUGUGAGUGUGUGUGUGUGUGUGUGUGUGUGUGUGUGUGUGUGUGUGAGUGUGUGAGUGUGUGUGUGAGUGUGUGUGUGUGUGUGUGUGUGUGUGUGUGAGAGUGUGUGUGUGUGUGUGUGUGUGUGUGUGUGUGUGUGAGUGUGUGUGUGAGAGUGUGUGUGUGUGUGUGUGAGUGUGUGUGUGAGUGUGAGUGUGUGUGUGUAUGUGUGUGUGUCUGUGUGUGUCUGUGUGUGUGUGUGUGUGUGUGUGUGUGUGUGUGUGUGUGUGUGAGAGGCCUCGCGGCUGAGAGCUCCCCCUUCUGGCCUCGGCAGGCAUCACUAAUCAAUCACAUGCAUUAUCUCUUGAUAGACAUUACAGGUAGAUGACAGAUUCAUAAAUCUUGGCACAUAUCUGUAUAUUUCAAAGGUUUUUAACAA